AUGCCUUCCGCAGAGAUUCCUUUCGAAAUGAUGGAUCACAAGACUAUCGACGAAGGUAACGUAAACACGUACACUUAUAUUUAUACAAACUCAUAAAUUUAAAUUAUGGCACCAAGAUGUAAUAAUAAUUUAAAAUAUAUAUAUAAAUGUAUAUUGAAUGUAAUAUAGGUUAUUUUAUUGAAUUAAAAAUGUUAUUUCAUUCGUUAAAUAGUUCUGUUACACUCUGUAUAUGACCAUUAUUGUGUGUUAAGUUUUAAAUUUCGUAAAUACAUAUUAUUAUUAAUAUUUAGUUACAUUUAAAAAUAUUAUUUAGUUGUUACAUCUGUUUAUGUUUUUCAAUAGAAUAUCCAAAUGAAACCGAUGUUAUUGAACUAUUACCAUGUUCAAUAUGUAAUCGCUCGUUUCGUUCAACUUUAUUACCACGUCAUUCGGUUAUAUGUGAAAAAAACGCCAAAACGCGCAAAGUAAAAUUCGAUUCAUCUAAACAACGUAUACAAGGUACUGAAAUGGCCGCUUUUUUGCCAAAAAUGAAAAUGAAACAAGAUAAAUUCGUUGUUGCCCAACCUAAAACAAACUGGAGAGCUAAUCACGAUGAGCUCAUUAGAACUCUGAAAUCGGCAAGGGGUGAAAAAGUUGAUAAUACAUGUAUUAUAACAAAACCUCUUGAUAGUGAACAAUGUCCUUAUUGCAAGCGCAAUUUCGGGCCAAAAUCAUAUGAUAGACAUGUAGAAUUUUGCAAAGAAAAAACUCAAAGAAGACCCUCUGGACCAGUGAUAAACCUUGUGGCCAAAGAACGACUUGAAGCAAGAACAAAAGUUAGUAUGUUAUGUUUAGUUUAAAAUACUGUAAACCAUAAUCCAAAUUUUAUAAGUACCUGUAUUUUUUUUUUUUUUUUAAUUAUUUCAUAGCUUUUAAUUUUAAUAAUUAUUUUUACUUAUUCGUGUUUUAUUAGUACCGCGUGUCUCCAAUUAACUCACAGCUUACAUUUAUUAUCAAAGAUAAAUGUCUUCCAAAAACUAAAACUCCUCAAAUUGUUCCAAGUGACCCAUCCAAAGUAAUAAAACCGUUACAAAAUGUUAAAAAACCAAUUUCUUCGGCAAAUGGAAAUCUAUGUAAGUGUAAUUUAAUAAGUUUUAGUAUUCAUACCUAAGUUUUAUUAUAUAGGUUCUAUCAAUAUUUCAUAAAGUUUUCAGCCAAUUAAAACUUCUCACAGUAUAAUUGGUAUAACUUAUGGAAAAAUAAAUUUUUUAAAUUUGAAGAAUAAUAACUUUGUAAUUUAUGAUAGUAUUAUUUUUACAUUUAUGUAUUUGAACUUUUUUUAAGAAUUCUUAAAAAUUAUGUAAUACAUUAUAACUAUAAAGACGAAAUAGAUACCUACUGCACAAAUAAUAUUUAACUAUAGAUUCUACAUAGUUAAAUUAUUUUAUUAAAACACAAAAACACAGGCAAAAAACCUAAUUUAUUUUGUUAUGCUUCAUAAAUUGUGUUAAAAAAAUUAUUUUUACAGCCAAUUUUUCUCGUUUAUCUUCCACGGUUUCCAAAAAUAAAGACCAAAUAUCAAAAAGUUUCUCUGUGUAAGUUUUGAUGUUAUAUAUCUACUUUAUUAUUUUAUUCUACUAAACUUGAUCUUCAUAGUAAUAAGAAUGCAGUGAACUUACCACAAAAACCAGUAGUUGAGAAAAAAGAAACAGUUGUGAAAAAGUCAGGUUAUCUUUAUUUGCGCAAUUCUCGUAAUCAAGUAAAACCAGAAACUAUUCAAGCUGUCAAUAUGCAUGACAAAAAAAAUAUAUCAAAGUCAUGA